ACACACACACUGAGUUCGAGCCCCAGCGCCGCUGCGAUCGGGCCGCGGGAGCGCCGAGCCACGCCGGGAUGGAGCGCUCCUGUGCGGCGCUUGUGGCCGCGGCCGCCGCCUGCUUCCUCGGUUUGGCCCUUAGCCAGAGCACGCUGAGUCCGGCCACGUCUCCGAGCCCCACCGCCGACGAGAACGUGAGCGCGAGCACAGCGUUUGAGCUCAGCACCACGUCCUCCAGCUGUUCUGCACUGAACACCUCCGCUUGCGCCGCCUGCGCGCCUGGCACCCGCGCCGACAACGAAACUCUGCUGUGCUCCUGCUGCUCGGACCCAGGUAUGUGUCUCCAGGAAGACGCAUGCCGACCCUGCGCUAUCGGCCACUUCCAGCCCCAGGGGGGCCAGGAGCUCUGCCUGCCCUGCUCGCAAGGAUUCUACAGCAGCUCUGUGGGGAGCAGUCAGUGCCUGGCCUGUCCUGCGGGCUCCUACAGCAACAGCAGCGGCUCCGAGUCGUGCUCCAGCUGUUCGCCAGGUUUCUAUACAUGGAAACAAAAUGCAACGUCCUGUGAUCCGUGUCCACAGGGAACUUUCUGCAACGCCUCCAACUGUACCAGUUGCCAGGUGUGUUCUCCGGGCAGCGAAUCCCUGCAGGUGGCAGCCAAAGAGUGUACACCGUGUCGCCCAGGUAUGUACAGGACGGCCGUGCAGAACUUGUGUCAGAUCUGCAGCAGUGGCUUCUUCCAGGUGCGCUGGGGGCAGGAGAGCUGUGACAUCUGCCCGGAAAACCACUACUGCCCCAGCCCAGACGUAAAUCCGGUCUUGUGCCCCGAUGACGCCUUCUGCCCCGAGGGCAGCACCUCUCCUGGAUACUGCAUGGAGACGUUCCUGCGGAAGGUGGGCCACAGGUGCGAGCUCGCACCCGUCACCAUCGCCCUGCUCGUCAUCGCCGGGGGCGCGGCCUUUCUCUUCGUCGUUGUGCUGCUGCUGCGCCGGCGAAGGGACGUGGAUCGAGAGCUGUCUCCGUCGCGGACACCGCUGCUGCGCAAGGAGCGACUGCCGGCCCAGUUCUACGGCGCAGAGCCGGUCUACGCCGGCUGGUGACUCGUACCGUCCCACGUGCACAGGCCACCUGCAUCCUCCCAGUGUCCUCCCUUCAUCCUCCCUUUGUCCCCCCAGUGUCCUCUCAAUGUCCUCUCCGCAUCCUCCCGAUGUUCCGAUGCCCCUCAGCACCACUGAAGCUCUCCAUGGUUUCCAUGGUAACCGACCCCAGGGCUGCUACAGUGUGAACCAGACGCACUUCCUGUUUGUCCCUGAAUGUUGCGCUGUCCUCGCUGGACCUCUUUUGCCGCGAGUUUGCCCAGCGGCUCCUGGCCACCGUGUCCCUGCUCGACCCUCUGCCGUGAUCCAGGCACUUUGAGUGGCCAGAGGCUGAAGACCAGCAGAACUCGGUGUUGAGCCCUUUGCUGCUGGACAUGUAACUGGACAUCAGUGCUCUUUGGUUAUGUCCACCUGCAGCACGUCUCAUCUCAGAAGUUCCCUAAGUUACGUUUAUGCAGAAAUACGCGACGGAAGGAGCCUCUUCUGGGAUAAUAGAGCAAACCCCCCCACUUUUCCAUAAACCUUUAUGUGCUGUGUGUACAUCAUAUAUCAUAGAUCAUAGCUCAGAAUGAAAUAGUGUCCUCAGCUGGACUGCUGAGUCUCCUUCUGCAGGUGUGUGUGUGUGCGACUAUUGAUGCUGUACAGUAGCGAGGGGAGAAAAACACAAGGCACUGAGAUACAAGUGUGUGUAUAAUAAAGACAGUAACACUGUAGCGUAACAGGACAGGAGACAUUCAUACUGAGUAUUUUUUUAUUUAACCAUUUUAACUGAGAUAUGAGUGUGUUCGUGUGUGUGUGUGUAAGUCAAUGUCCAUGAUUCCUUCUUGCCUUCCAGCUGUUUCUGCACUGUUAGGAGACUCACAUCUGGUGAAAGUGCUUCUGUUACUAUUUUUGUCGAUUAUAAAUAAAACAAAAGGCUGCACGAGCUGCGCACGAGCUCUCCUGUUACAUAAGAAGUGCGUCCAGCUGUAGAAAGAUGUCUAUUGACGCCUGUCUUCGCCUUGUUACCGAUGAUUUAUGAAAUAUGAAAAUGUAGAGAACUGGGUUGGGGGGCACUUUUCACCCUCUGAUACGAUUGUUUGUUUUUUUCUGUGAUAAAUAAAUAAAUGACUGACACGAG